AUGAAAUUCCUCCUCCUAGCCACGGCACUCGCCUCCGCCGUCUUCGCCAAAGUCCCCGAAUGGCACGCGCACUACCGCCUGAACACCGCCGACUACCAAACCACCUUCGACCACUACCUCAGCCAGGGGUACAAAGUCAACAGCGUGAGCGGAUACCAGCGCGACGGGGAGGCCAACUACGCCGCGAUCUUCGAGAAGAACGACGCCGGGGUUGCGUGGUGGUCGCACACGCGCAUGACCGCCGCUGCGUACCAGCAGAAAUUCGACAAGUAUGUUGCUGACGGGUAUCGGCUGCGGCAGGUGAAUGGGUAUAAUGUUGGUGGGGAGACUUAUUAUGCCGCUGUCUGGGAUAAGACGCCCUCUGGGCCUUGGGUGGCGAGGCAUGGGUUGGAUGAGGCGGGGUUGAAGAAGUACUUUGCGCAGUAUGUGGAUAAGGAGGGGUAUAGGCUUGUGCAUGCCAGUGGGUAUGAGGUUAAGGGGGAGGGGCGCUAUGCUGCGAUCUGGGAGAAGACUGGGGAUGAGGAUGUUGCGUGGGCGUCGUGGGCGGAUAUGUCUUCGGACGGGUUUCAGAAGAGGUUUGAUGAGUAUCUGAAGGAUGGGUAUCGGCUUACGGAUGUCACUGGGUAUGCGGUUAAGGAUACUGUGUACUAUGCUGGUGUCUGGGAUAACUCGACUUCGGGGGCUUGGGAGGCUCGCAGUGGAAUGGAUUCGGCGGGUUUCCAGAAGAAUUUCGAUCAGUUCAAGGCUGAUGGGUAUGUCAUUGAUGUUCUGAGUGGGUAUGACACUCCUUCUGGUGACCGGUAUGCUGCCAUUUGGAUCAAGCCUUGA